AUGACGUCAGCAGGCGGCGCCGGGGCCAUGGCGGCCGCGCUGGGCCCGGGGGCUGAGGACGAGCGGCGGCUGCUCCGCGGCGUGACCCGGCUGCAGGCCUGUGCCAGGGGGUUCCUGCUGCGGAGGCGGCUCCGCGGCCUGCGGGAGGAGUUCGAGGCCGUGGUGCUGGAGAUCGAGGGGCACCUGAGGCACCUGCGAUGGACCGGCCGCGUUCUGCAGCGACCGCGCUUCGGGACAGAGGACGGUGCCGACCCUGCCCAGCCGGGAUUUGUCCCUCCGGGUGCAGCCCAGCCUCAAGGCAGUGCCCAGCUCUCCCCAGGGAAGCCCUUGGAUCCAGGGCAGGCUGCACAGGAUGAGCCCAUUCCCAAGAAAACCCCGGAGAAGCCGGAUCCCCCUGGAGCAGAGCGGGCUGGGAGCUUUGGGAACAUCCCCCCCUCAGCCCCUCUGCCCAGUGGCACAACCCCAAAACCCCCCAAACCCCCAAAUUCGGGGUCUGGUGCUGCUAAAAGCCCAGAAAAGGAGGGAAGAGCCCAGGAACGGGACAACAACAGCGCGACCUCGGAAUGGGGCAGCGGCCACCUCGGAGCCAGCCCAGAAAUCCCGGCGGAUCUGCUGGGCCUCUCGCGCUGGGAGCUGCAGUCCCAGAGGGAACAUCUCCUGAUGGAGCUGCUGUGGAUCCAGCAGGCCAUUGCCAGCAGGAAACAGUUCCUCAUGCUGAAGCGGAAGCUGGGAAUUCCCGAGGGCUCCGGAAGCGUUCCCGAGUUUUUGGGUCGGUUUUGGGAAGCCCUGGAGCUGCAGCACCAGUCCUGACGUGACAGUGGCAGCUCAGGGGGAGCUGCAGCUCCCUGGGGAUGUUUCUCACUCCGGAAAAACGCGGGAAGCACGAAGCUUUUGUGGAUGUUUGGUCCGAGCAGGGUCAAACGUCAUCGGCCAGGGGGUUGUGGGGUGUCCUGGAGGGAUCCAGCCCACGGGAUCCCUGUUUUCCUUGGCUCGAUCCAAGGGGGAAAUGGAGGAUUUUCACUUCCAGCAGGUGCUGCUGUGGAACUGGAAUGGCUGAAGGCAGCAGGGAGCGGCAGGAACCAGCCCUUCCCACGCAGCUGUGCGGAUUCCAGCUGGGAAUUGCUGCCCUUGGGGCGGCCCUGCGGCAUCCAGGGGUGUGCAGGUGGUGGGUUUUUGGGAACACUGAGCGGGGGGGGAGCUCCCUGACUGUGCUGUGCCGGUGUGGAGGGAGCGCCCAUCCCCUGGUCCUCGGGGUCAGCUCCUUCCUGCCUUUGCUCUGGCUCUGGGAAUUCUCUCCUGGGGCAGAGCCAGGAGAGGACCUGGUGCUUUGUCAAUUCCUUCAGCUCAGGGACGUUCCAGGUCCCUCAGAAAGGGACUUUCCAUGGUGCUGUGCUUCCCUCACCCCUGUGUGGACACUGCAGGCGUGGAUCCCUUUGUUCUGCAAUUAUUUUUACUCUUUGGGAUU